UCUGCUUGCCCCUACACUGUGUAACAAGGUUGAAGUCUCUUGAUGUCACUGCCUACAGAGUGUUGUUGGACAUCAAUAACUAGGUUGUUUCGAGGAUGGCGGGUAAUGAUCAAGGUUGUUUUCAUGAAUGCCUGUGCUGCUAUACUUCAUUGUGAAACUCUGUUUCUUUUUGUUUUCCCCCUUUGUGCUUGUGUGUGUGUGUUGUAGGUAGGGGUGAGGAGUAGGUUUUGUUGUUCCAUUUUUUAAGUAAAUAUACCUUCACCUGCUAGCUUGAACAACCACAAAUCCUGCCAUCAAUUGCCAAUUAUGAGGAGAAAACAGAAAAGCUACAAUGUGGAUUCUCUCUGUAUAAAAUACAAUUCACUAUUUUAUGAAUGCCAUAUGCUGGUAAUGUGUUCCUACCCAGAUUACAUUGAUUCAAACUCAUUAAGUUUAACAAGUUUAGGGAUUUAUGCAUCACGGGGAACAACUUUUGUCAUAUGUAGGAAGACAAACUUAUUUUGUAUUGAUGCUUAGUUGAUUUGUGUUAAAUGAAUUGCUUAUUGUAAUGAAUAUGCUUGCAAUAUUGUAAAGCCACAUCUUGAAGUCUAUUGAUGUCCUACACUAUGUAGGCAGUGACCAAUUGUUGUUGCUUAACAGGUCCCAUAAGUUCGUAUUUGCAUAAUUCUUGACAUGUUUCUCUUUUUUGGGUGGCAAAGGAGGCUUCGUUCUUUAUUCUGCAAUGCAUGAUACUGAUUUCGUUGAAUGGAAGAUUACCUGUUAUGUUCUUCUUGAUUAGUUCUCAGUCUUUUCCAUGGAUUUCAUAUUUCAGGAUUUCCGUCAGCUUCUUGAUGAAAAACUUGAACUAUCAUUGAAGCAAGAGUAAGUCAGGUAGCCAAGAUCUAAGUUUGACGCAGGGAGUGCAAGGAGAAAUGGUCCUUCCUGGGAUUGUUCUUCUGCUUGCUCAACUAUCUCUUUUCAUUGAGCAAAGUGCUAUCCCAAGAAUUACCGAGGAAAUAGCUUCUUCCUUUUCUUUUGGUGGUGCUCGGGGUUAUGAGUAUGGCCCUGCUUUCAUCCCUGCAGUGAUUUGUCGCACCUUCCGGGUAGCUGGGGAGAAGUGCUUGGACCAUUAUGUAAGGUUAAGAACUCAAAAGAUAUCAGUUCUGUUGCGGACGAGGUUUUCAACACCAAACUGGGUUAAGCACAAGGAGCCAAGAGAGGUUCAUAUGUUUGUUGAUCUGCUGCUUCAAGAGUUCGAAGCCAUAAGAGGCGAAGUAAAGCAGAUUUUACCUCCAGAACUUAGCCGUAAACAUCGUCGUACAGACAGUAACGGGAGCACCACUUCUUCUCGCAGCAAUCCUUUGAGAGACAACAGAAUGAACCGGUCAAAUACCCAAAGGGCCACGAGCCAGCUACUGGAAUCCCAUCUAGCAAAAUUGUUUAAACAAAAAAUGGAGAUAUUUAGAAAAAUUGAAUUCACACAGGUUUGGUAGCAGUGCUUGUUGCUAGGUAAUUUACAUUAUUCCCACUGGUAAUAUAGCUAUUUUUUAGUUCUUUGUAAUGAUGAUGAUCCUUGAAGGACAUCAAGGACAUCAACAAAUCAAAUUUUCUGACUUUUUGA